AUGACCGAUUUGAAAACUACUCCAUCUGAAGAAAAUACACUAUCCUCUAAAGGUUAUAAACUGGCGAAGUUUUUGGGUGAAGGAGCUUACGCUAAGGUAUAUUUAGCAGAUUUCAUAGGACCGGCGCAAAAAACAGUGCUUGCAUGCAAGAUUAUAGAAACAUCGAAGGCUCCCAAAGAUUUUGUUGCAAAAUUCUUACCGCGUGAGAUAGAUGUACUCAUACGUCUUAGCCACCCUCACCUCGUCCAUACGCAUAGCAUAUUCCAGAGGAAAACUAAAUAUUACAUAUUCAUGAGAUUUGCAGAGAAUGGUGAUUUGCUCGGGUACAUUCUGAAGAACGGAUCUGUGUCUGAGAAUCAGUCUAGAGUGUGGUUGAGACAAUUGGCUUUGGGGCUGCAGUACCUUCACGAAUUGGAAAUUUCACAUCGCGACAUCAAGUGUGAGAAUGUAUUGCUGACAGCCAACUACAAUGUAAAGCUAGCGGACUUUGGGUUUACGAGGUCAUGCUUAGACGACGAUGACCAACCGGUUUGGAGCGAUACUUACUGCGGUUCUAUGUCCUAUGCUGCACCUGAAAUUCUUCGAGGCAAACCAUAUCAACCGAAGCCGACAGACCUAUGGUCGCUAGGAGUAGUUUUGUUUGUGAUGCUCAAUAAAUCGAUGCCAUUUGACGAUACGCGUAUGCGAAAACUUUAUGAACAACAGAUGGGCAAGAAGUAUCGGUUCAGAUCGCGCGUCGCUAGCAUUCUGUCGCUGGAGUGUAAAACUGUGGUAAAACAUUUGCUGGAGCCUGAUCCAGGGUUAAGGCACACCGCUACUCAAGUUUUGGGUUCCGAGUGGAUUGCUAUGGACAGUAGAUUAACUUCGUUAAAUGCAGUAGAAGCGUCAGCGUUAAAGAGAGCGAAAGAAGAACGUCGAAGAUUAUCUGAUUCUCACCGUAAUCCGCCAAACAGGCAGGGGGACAUUCUCGACGGGCCACAGAGAAGAUCAGGGUACAGAUUUUACAUCGAUGAAGACUUAAAACUGACCGGAUCCGAGCAAUUGACACUGGCUACGCGUGGUUAUAAAAUGAUUAAAAAGAUUAAUGAAGGCUCAUACGCGAAGGUUUAUCUUGCCGAGUACAGAAAUCCUAGUAAAAACGAUAAACUUUCAAUAUUAGCAUGCAAAGUUAUCGACACUAAUACGGCCCCCAAAGACUUCGUCAAAAAGUUUCUGCCAAGAGAAAUAGAAAUGCUCAUAAAACUGAACCACCCACAUUUGGUACACACUCACAGCAUAUUUCAACGGAGAUACAAAUAUUUCAUAUUUAUGCGAUAUAUGGAGCAUGGAGAUUUGUUAGAGUACAUACUCCAAAAGGGAGCAGUGCAAGAAGAUCAAGCCAGGAUAUGGGCACGUCAGUUGGCUCUGGCAAUACAAUAUAUGCACGAACUGGAAAUAGCCCACAGAGACAUUAAAUGCGAAAAUGUUCUACUAACAGCUAACCAUAACGCAAAACUAUCAGAUUUUGGAUUCGCCCGCUCAUGUGUGGACAAGAAAAUGAAUGAUAUAUAUAGUGAAACAUUUUGCGGGUCUCUGUCAUAUACUGCUCCUGAGAUAUUGCAAGGUGUACCAUACCAUCCAAAACCCACAGACAUCUGGUCCCUCGGAGUAGUCAUUUACGUUAUGUUAAACAGAGCAAUGCCUUUCGAAGAUAAGCAGAUAAAACCAUUGUAUCAAGCACAAAUGAGCAGAAAUUGGAAGUUUCGUUCACGCUAUGCAGACACAAUAUCUGACAGCUGCAAACGUUUAGUGACUGCAAUGUUAGAUCCACACCAAUUGAGCAGAAUCAAAGUUGAUAAAAUUAUAAACGGCGAAUGGAUAGCUAUGGACUCUAGAUUAUUAGAGUGGUCAGCGCAAGAAACAAUGGCAUAUAAAAAAGCACGGGAUGAAAGAAGUCAACUUGUAAAGGAUGCUGAUCCCGAAAAGCCCGAAAAAGAGGGAGAUGGUCUCCCUGAUAAAACUGUUAUGUCAAUAACAAAUAAUGCUUCGUCGGCUUCGUACUAUGGUACCGACGAAAGUAAAAAUGAAAUAAACGGAAACAUGCAAAUAGACCCGAUGACCGAAAAAGUAGAUCUCUGUGCUACACCAUCUGAUUUAAUCGUAUUGGAAGAAAGGGGUUUCAUAUUAGAAAAAAGCAUCGGUCAAGGGUCUUAUGCUAAGGUUUAUAAAGCGACACACAUGAUUGACGAGACCCGACAUUCAGUUUUGGCUUGCAAGGUUAUCGACACAGCAUCAGCACCACGCGAUUACCUAACAAAGUUUCUACCGCGCGAGCUUGACGUGCUCAUACGCAUCAAUCAUCCCCAUGUAGUCCACGUCUCCAACAUAUUCCAACGCCGAGCCAAAUACUUUAUAUUUCUGCGCUUCGCCGAAAACGGGGACUUGCUCGACUUCCUAACGCAGAACGGACCGAUACCAGAGAACCAGAGCAGACUUUGGCUGAGACAGAUAAUAUCCGGGAUCCAGUACAUUCACACAUUGAAUAUAGCGCACAGAGAUUUGAAAUGUGAAAACGUAUUGAUCACAGCCAAUUAUAAUGUGAAAAUAACAGACUUUGGUUUUGCACGCAACGUUCGACAGCGGGACCGCGACGUGUUGAGCGAAACUUACUGUGGGUCAUUGUCGUAUGCUGCUCCGGAAGUGCUUAAAGGCGUGCCCUACCUACCUAAAAUGGCUGAUAUGUGGUCCAUCGGCGUCAUUCUCUAUACAAUGCUGAAUAAAGCUUUACCAUUUAAUGAGGCCUCUGUGAAAAAGUUGUAUGAGAAACAGUUAACACGCAAAUGGCGUUUCCGCACGAAUGUAGUGAAUCAGCUGUCAACUGAAUGCAAGCAGCAGGUAACGCAGCUCAUGGAACCCGAUGCCAAAGCGCGCCCUACGGCAGACGAAAUCUUUGAAGGGCCUUGGAUCGGCAUGGACUCUAGGCUCACCAAAUUAACAUUUAUAGAAGAAUCGUUGUUGAAACAAGCACAAGAAGAAGCGCAAAAGAAGGAGAAAGUUUUCCAACAGGACAAUGAAGCUGAGAGAAUCGCCGAACUGCGAAGAAAAGGGCGUGCUAAAGAAGGUCUUAAGAUACUCAAGAACGUCGAAGCAAACUAUCCUAAAUCACAAUUACUAUUCGAAAACCAAGAAUGA